AUGGAGACGAAUAAGAUUAUGGAUCAAUCGCUUCACAUCAUGUUUAAGGUGGUUUAUAUCAAUGGACGACCAUUUGUUUUGCGCGAGGUCGAGAGACCCUUCUCCAAUCUUGAAUACACGGGUAUCAAUAGGGCUAGGGUGGAGCAAAUGGAAGACCGGUUGAAGGAAGACAUAUUGCUAGAAGCUGCAAGAUAUGGAAAUAAGAUCCUAGUAACUGAUGAACUACCAGAUGGUCAAAUCAAAUGGUGGAUUAAUGGGAGCCAGUCACACCAACUCUGUCAAAACAUCACUACAGGUAUCCCAAGAACAAAUUCAAUUGGAACAAUUUCUGUUUGUGGCUCAAAUGCUACUGACAACAUGCUAAACACAGAAGAUGCUCUUCUUAGAGGGGAAUAUACUAUCAUAAGAAGCUUAAUCCGUGUCUUAGAGGGCGGGUUCCCAGUCUAUGGUGUUGCAAAUCCAACUGUGGAAAGAAUUAAAUCUGUUAUGCAAAGAAUAGGUAGCUCUAAAGGUGGCGUGGGUAGACCCGUCUUUUGGCACAACAUGAGAGAAGAACCUGUUAUUUACAUUAAUGGAAAGCCCUUUCUGCUUCGUGAGGUUGAAAGACCCUACAAAAACAUGCUCGAGUAUACGGGAAUUGACUGUGAAAGAGUGGAGAGAAUGGAAGCUCGAUUGAAAGAAGAUAUUCUCAAAGAAUCUGAAUGUUAUGGAUGUAAGGUACCUGAAGCAUUGUUGAAAGGUGGAUCAGUAGUCUACAUGUUAUUGCAUGUCUUUGUCUUGAUGAUGAUGAAGAGAUCAUUCAUUAACAGAGUUUUCAAGUUUAUACCAGAGUGGUCAAGGUGGUUGGAAUUGGACCUAAAGCUGGUUACUGAUAUAGGAAUAGUGGGUGCUCCAAAUGCAAGAAAAAGCAUGUUUUUAAGUGUUAUUAGCGUUGACAUGUAG